CGGAAUGCAACUCUGACGUCGGCGGAGAAGUUGAUAAAUAGCGGAGGCGCGCGCUUGUUGUGGUGGUUGUGGGAUUUCUCUUGUCGCUUUGAGUACGACUGAAAGUUUCACGCUCGCGAGCGGGGGGAGCGACUCUCUCGCGCUCCACCAACCCCCCCUUCCUCUUUUCGUCGUUUGUCUCUCGCGUCGAGGAUGAUGGCCUUGGCGUCCCCACUGACGCCGCUCCUCGUGGCCCUGCUCGCCUUCGCGACGCCCCUGCAAUCCCAGCAGCAGCAGAGGCGGCAGCAGCAGCGGUACGGGCCGAGUCACGGAGGCGUCCCCGUCGUGUUGGUUCCAGGUGACCUGGGAAAUCAGCUGGAGGCUCGUCUGGAUAAGCCUGCCGUCGUCCACUACCUGUGCACAAAAAAGACCGACUACUACUUCACGCUGUGGCUCAACCUUGAGCUCCUCGUCCCGCUGGUGAUCGACUGCUGGAUCGACAACAUGCGGCUGGAGUAUAACCUGACCACUCGCGCCACAUCCAGCCCCAACGGGGUCCAAGUGCGAGUUCCCGACUUUGGAAAAACAUUCCCGGUGGAAUUCCUGGAUCCCAGCAAUGUGUCCGUUGGAAGUUACUUCCACACGCUGGUGGAAGCCAUGGAGGGAUGGGGCUACAAGAGAAACCAGGACAUUCGCGGGGCCCCCUAUGACUGGAGAAAAGCCCCCAAUGAGAACGGGGAGUACUUGACGAAUCUGAAGAACAUGAUCGAGGAGAUGUAUGCCACCUACUGGUCACCUGUCGUCCUGGUGGCUCACAGCAUGGGCAACCCUUACAUGCGCUACUUCCUCGGACAGCAGAGCCAGGCGUGGAAGGACAAGUUCAUCCACAGCUUCGUAGCACUGGGGCCACCCUGGGGCGGUGCCGCCAAGACGCUACGUGUGCUCACGUCCGGAGACAAUAACGGCAUCCCUGUGAUCAGCACGCUCAAGAUCCGCGCUCAGCAGCGAACGGCUGUGUCCACCAGCUGGCUGCUGCCCUACAACACCUCGUGGCCUCCCGACAAAGUGCUGGUGUCCACGCCCAAGCGCAACUACACCAACCGUGACUACCGCGACUUCUACAACGACAUCGGCUACCCCGAGGGAUGGCUGAUGCGCCAGGACACGGAGUCGUACUUGUACGGGCAGCCCCUGCCAGGCGUGCCGGUGCACUGCCUCUAUGGCACGGGCGUGGCCACCCCGGACUCGUUCGUGUACGACAAGUCGUUCCCGGACCACGACCCAACGCGCGUCAUCACGGCGGACGGCGACGGCACGGUGAGCUUGGCCAGCGCGCUGCUCUGCCGGGAGUGGGCCGGCCGCCAGCCACAGCCCGUCCUGCUGAGAGAGCUGCCCGGCGCGGAACACGUGAGCAUGCUCUCCCGCGCGGACCUCAUCCAGUACAUCAAGGGCGUCAUCUUCAAUCGCCCGUAAAGGGAGCGGAGCUCUCCCGCAAAGUGGCACAAGUAGUUUCGCAGAAGUUGUAGCCACUCCGUGAGAAAGAGUUGCAUCGGCGUCGCGCUAAUUUGCAGCUUGCAAAACAAAUUCUGCGUAAAUUCUUUUCAGCCCUUCCAUGGUACUGUGACUUUAUUUUCUAAUUUUUUUAUAAAAGUUUCCCCAAGUAUUAUUAAUACUAGACAUGUUUGAUGUAACUAUACGAAUAUGUUUGAUCUUUUUCAUUUACUGUACAUCACAAGUUACCUUAACCAUCCUGUAAUUCCAGUUUGACCACUUUAAUUCUGUGCCAAGUUAUAUGCUUCAUGGCCAUUAGCGUAGGUAUAAUUCUCUUCCAAUAUUUUGUUAUUGCAAAUAAGGUUUUAAAAAAAAUCAAGACAGGCCUAUUUAAGCAGGGCAUUGUAAUCUGCUAAUAUUCCUCGAGGCAGACCACUCAUUUCCUCAUCGCCUUUUGGUUGGGAGGGAAAAAAAAUGUUGACUUUACACAGACCCUCAACAAAAACUGAAGCAGGUGAAAAAAUAAUAACCUUGUAGUGCAGAUUUAUGCCUGGGAACUGGCACAGGAGGACAGAAGCCUGCUCUGAUGCAAGACAAAGCAGCAGCCUCGCUCAUUCACAACCGGGUGUGGGGAGGGGGGCAUGGGGUGGGUGGUCGACGCAUAGCAAAGGAGACGGCGGAAGUCCCCCGCUCCUCCCUCCGCUUGCCACGUGCUUGACGGUAGCUGCGGUGUUGCCAAAACGGACAAGCAGGUGUAAGUGCUGGCGAAUGCAACAAACGCGUGGUGCUUCUGUAAAUUCUUCCGCGAGCGCGAGCGACGGCGUUUCCGGCAGCUUGCGGUGCGGCCUGCAGUUUUACGAGCCGCUUGGCGUUUUAUGACGUUUUUCUUGUCUGAAAAGGCCUUUUUUUUUGCUUAUUUUUAUAGAAGGUGCCUAUGGAAAGAUAUGGAGGGGAGGGCGAAAUGACAGUGCUUUUGGUUACUUCAAAGAGACCUACAGGGUUAACUGGUUGACACCAAGAGGAGAGCGAGAGACCCCGCACUGUGAUAAGGUGGGUGGGGUGUCAUUUUCUGGUGGCUGCCCAACUUGCUACUAUGGUGGCUGAUUGGGAGUCGUGAUAAAAUUGACAUUACACACAAUUGCGAGCACACAAAUUUACACGCCGCAUAAGUGCCCUCAGGAAAUGCAUGGUUUUGAAAGAUUAAAAGUGCGGUAAAUUAUUUACUGCAGAUGAAAUUAGAUUAUUCUUUUUUUCAGCCACUCGUGUCCCGAGGGGUGCAAGGAACAGGUGUCGGGGAAAGUGUGAACAUUUUGGUAAACGUGUGAGAAAGGUGCCAAAUGUCACUCGAAAUAUUGCGGGCUUGGACCGUCUGUCGGUCUCUGAAGUGGCAACGGUGAGCAGAAAAUCCGACGCUCGAGUGGCUGCAGUUCGUUGCAAUGCCGCCGCGAAUUUAACCUGAGUCCUACGCGCAAAGUUCAUAGUUGCUUCGCAAGAACAACCCCCGUGGUCUCCUAACACAAGCCUUCACACGAAAAGCACAGUUUUGUGCAUGUUUACAGAAUGCCCGAGUUUUUAAAUGCGUCCGCCCGCUUAGCCAGUGUUAACGAUUAACUGAUCUCAAUGAUGAUAGAAUUUUCAAUACUUUGAGACCGGUGAUAAGGGACACUGACAAAGCACGGUUACUAAUCGUGUAAAUUGCAUUACUUUCAACCCCCCCCCCCCUCUGUCAAUUCCUUUUUUUUCAUCCAAAAAAAUAUUUUUUCUCUUGUAUUCAUUUACAUAUGUAUGUUGAACUUCUUCCGCACCGUACGUCUCCAACCAUUGCUAAUCGGAGGUGUGGGGGGUGGGGAUUGACAACAAACUAAACACAAAAAUAUUGUUCUGCUCGUGCUAUAGCUCUCUCAUGUCACAAGACUGUCUAUAUCGGAUGUCAUGCAGAGCUUUGCACAACCCGUUCACGUGAGAGGACAGCUCAUGGAAGUGGAUAUCACAAAACUACAUCCCGACAUUCCCUUGUUCACGUCACCUCUAGGCUAGUAGGGGUUGGGGAGGGGCUGCACUUUCCUACACCCACUCUGCCAUAGAGAAUGUUGUGUUCUUAACAUGACGGUCAAACAAUCAUUUGAUUGUAAUUACAUUUUCACCUAUUUUUUACACGUUCACAGUUGGAUCACAACGACGACAUGCAACGCGUAAUUAUAUGCAGCGUGAUGUAGCCCAAUUGUGAUCUAUAAGGACGCCUGCUUAUUCCCAUUAAUAUUAACGUUGGUAAUUCACUUACAUUAAUGGUGGUUACCUCAAGGAAAAUAUCGGCAGUAUCUAAAUCAUUUGCAGUUAUUUUAUUUCACACAUGUGUAAUUAAUGUCCACAUUGGACACCUCUAAAGUUAUCUCCACGGUAGUUACAUUUCCUCUGAGAAAUUGUUAUUUGAAUGCAUUUGCCCACCUCUGCCCCACCUGGUGUUGGUUGGUUGGUUGGGUGUUUUACAGACUUGUAUCACCCUGCCCAUAUUAUACGGCCCAUUGACUCUGGUCGUGCCUCCAGCGUCGUGACGUGAGCGACUCAGUCGAUAGGCAGGCCAGGUCAGUGGGUGGCGUGGGUACAAUGGUCUGCAGGAUGAGGAACAGGUGACGGGAGUAAUGAUCAUUCUCAGGGUCAAACAUAAACAGCUGCUAUAACCUGUUUCCUCUUUGAUGUGUUGAGUUGGUCUUGUGCGUUAGGGCUGUUAUUCAGGGUUUUUUUUUUGCUUUUUGAGGCGUUUUCACAGUAUUGUGGAAGGAUUGUGGGGUCAGUGUUGUUGAUUAAACGGAUUUCGAAUUUUUA